AUGGCUUCAACACGACCGCCACCAGGCACCGUGCUUCUAGAAGAUCUCGAGCAUGAUAAGCUAGUGUUGCAGCCACGCCCAUCAGAAGAUCCAGAGCAGCCACUGAAUUGGUCGGUACUGCGCAAGACAAUCAACUUCAGCAUUGUUUGUUUCUAUGCCUUGAUGGCAUUCGUAAUCCUCGACAUCGGCACUGUUGUCUGGGGACCAAUGAACGAGGAGCUCGGUAUCUCUUUCACGAACCUGAGUUACAGCUUCGCAGCGAAUUGUGCCGGUCUCGCCGUCGGCUGCUUUCUCCUUGUUCCCCUCUCCAUCAAGAUCGGACGCCGACCAGUAUACAUCAUCAGUACCCUAGCACUGUUCCUGUCUGCGAUCUGGAUGGCGAAGACGUACACCGUUGGCGACAACAUCGGCAACAAUAUUACCAGCGGAAUCUUCGGUGCUAUUAGCGAAAGCAUCGUGCAGAUGACAAUUGCAGAUCUUUUCUUCGUUCAUCAGCGAGCGCGCAUGAAUGCCAUCUACGUAAUCAUGGUCGACAUUGGUACUUUUCUUGCCCCAGUCGCUGCUGGCUACUGCUCAAACUCGCAAGGCUGGCGCUGGAUCAACUGGUGGACGGCAAUAUUCUUCGGUGUCCUUCUGCUGGCUAUGAUCUUCGCAUAUGAGGAGACGAAGUACACUGUCUCCGUUCGUUCUACUGCAUCACCUGUCAGGUCGCCACAGGAGAUGAAAGCUGUUCUGGAGUCGAAGGACAAAGAUGCAAAAGACUUACGCCCCACCAUCAGUAGUACGGAGAGCGUUGAUCCAGGCACCAACCCAUUCCAGAAGAAGAACGUCAGACAACGCUUUGCUCUCGUCACCCUGACGCCAGGUGGAUCACGGUCCUUUCUUGCACUGAUUUGGGACUUUAUCGUCUUGCUCAAGUUCCCCGCUGUGGCAUACACAGCGCUGAUGUGGGGCGCCACAUUGACCUGGUUCUCUGUCAUCCUCAAUACACUGUCCAUAUACUUUGUGGCCCCGCCUUACAACUUCAGCGCUGCCGGGAUUGGUCUUCUCAACCUUCCUCCGUUCAUUGGUGGUCUGAUCGCUAUCGUCCCUUGUGCCUAUAACGACUACAUCAUCAUCUGGCUCGCGAAGCGUAACGGCGGCGUCUUUGAGCCUGAGAUGAGACUUUGGCUUGCCUUACUUGGUGUGGUUGUUGGUCCAGCUGGUCUUUGUUUGUUCGGCUUGUCGUUGGCCCAGGGCAUGCACUGGAUCGUUCCAUGCAUCGGGUCGGCGUUCUAUGGCGCAGGCCUAAGUAUUAUAGGUACAACAUCUUUGACAUAUCUGCAGGACAGCUAUGCUGAGGUGAUUGGUGAUGCUCUCGUGCCAGUGACGUUUGUUCGCAAUGCCCUUGCUACUAUGGUGGUUUUUGCCCUGACGCCUUGGAUCAACACUAUGGGGUUGUACAAUAUGUUCGUCUGCGCAACAUGCCUUGCCUUUGCACUGUAUGCGCUCACGGUCCCCAUGCUGAUAUGGGGCAAGACUUGGCGAGUGCAGACCGCGGCGGCGUAUGCUAGGCACAUCGAGCGGAGCGGCAAUCACGCUUCCAUCUCGUAG